UCGAGCGGAGCCGAGCGGAACGCGCGGGCCCCGGGCGGCGCCGUCAGGAUGCCCCGGCCCGCGGGCCGCUCCGCCGCCAGCCACCCCCACGGGCCCCGGCGGCCCGCGCUCGGCCCGGGAGCGCGUGAGCCUCAGCCAGAGCCGGAGGCGGGAGCAGCGAGCAGGAGCCCCGGGCGCCCGAACGCAGGAUGCUCGUGGUCCCUGGCGUCUCCCAGCUGCCACGCGUGAGGGCCGCUGCUCCCAGCUGAGGCCUGGCCCCGAAGAAGAUGUCUCAGCUGCCGGCCGGCGCCCGUCUGCACCAUGAGUGAUGAGCGGCGGCUGUCUGGCAGCGCCGUGGGCUGGCUGGCGUGCGGAGGCCUCUCCCUGCUGGCCAAUGCCUGGGGCAUCCUGAGUGUGGGUGCCAAGCAGAAGAAGUGGAAGCCGCUGGAGUUUCUGCUAUGCACGCUCGCGGCCACCCACAUGCUCAACGUCGCGGUGCCCAUCACCACAUACGCUGUGGUGCAGCUGCGGCGGCAGCGCCCCGACUACGAGUGGAAUGAGGGCCUCUGCAAGGUCUUCGUCUCCACCUUCUACACCCUCACCCUGGCCACUUGCUUCUCCGUCACCUCCCUCUCCUACCACCGCAUGUGGAUGGUCCGCUGGCCGGUCAACUACCGGCUGAGCAACGCCAAGAAGCAGGCAGUGCACACGGUCAUGGGCAUCUGGAUGGUGUCCUUCAUCCUCUCAGCCCUGCCUGCCGUCGGCUGGCACGACACAAGCGAGCGCUUCUACACCCACGGCUGCCGCUUCAUCGUGGCUGAGAUCGGCCUGGGCUUUGGCGUCUGCUUCCUGCUGUUGGUGGGCGGCAGUGUGGCCAUGGGUGUGGUCUGCACAGCCAUCGCCCUCUUCCAGACGCUGGCCGUGCACGUGGGGCCGCGGGCCGGCCGCCGCGCCUUCACCGUGCCCACCAUCGUGGUGGAGGACGCUCAGGGCAAGCGCCGCUCCUCCAUCGAUGGCUCUGAGCCCGCCAAGACCUCGCUGCAGAUCACGGGCCUGGUGGCCACCAUCGUCAUCAUCUACGACUGCCUCAUGGGCUUCCCAGUGCUGGUGGUGAGCUUCAGCAGCCUUCGGGCGGACGCCUCGGCGCCCUGGAUGGCGCUGUGUGUGCUGUGGUGCUCCGUGGCCCAGGCGCUCCUGCUGCCCGUGUUCCUCUGGGCCUGCGACCGUUACCGCGCCGACCUCAAGGCCGUCUGGGAGAAGUGCGUGGCCCUCAUGGCUAACGAGGAGGACUCAGACAACGAUCCCGGCCUGGAGGGUGGCAUCCCCCCAGACCUGGUGCUGGAGCACUCACUCGACUACAGCUAUGGGGGUGACUUUGUGGCCCUGGACAGGAUGGCCAAGUACGAGCUCUCUGCCCUGGAGGGGGGCCUGCCUCAGUUCUACCCGCUGCGGCCCUUGCAGGAAGACAAGACGCAGUACCUGCAGGUGCCGGCCACACGACGCUUCUCCCACGACGACGCGGACGUGUGGGCCGCCGUGCCGCUGCCCGCCUUCCUGCCGCGCUGGGGCUCGGGCGAGGACCUGGCCGCCCUGGUGCUGCCCUCGGGGUCCGACCGACGCCGCGGCAGCCUGCUGGCCUUCGCGGAGGACGCGCCCCCGUUCCGCCCGCGCCGCCGCUCGGCCGAGAGCCUGCUGUCGCUGCGCCCCCCGGCGCCCGCCUGCGGCCCUCGCCUCCGCCCCGGGCCCGGCGCCCGCUCCGCCUCGGCCUCGCUGCUGCCCGACGCCUUCGCGCUGACCGCCUUCGAGAGCGAGCCGCAGGCCCUGCGCCGGCCGCCCGCCCCGCAGGGGCCCCUCCUCGACGGCGCCCGUUCCGGCGAAGACGCGGCGCCCCCUGGCGGCGGUGGCUCGCAGCGGAGCCGCGGGCCGCGCCCGGCCACGCACGCGCGCGCGGGACCCCUGCGGACCGGCCUGAGCGCCUCGUGGGGCGAGCCCGGGGGGCUGCGCGCGGCGGGCGGCGGCGGCGGCGGCAGCACCAGCAGCUUCCUGAGCUCGCCCUCCGAGUCUUCGGGCUACGUCACGCUGCACUCGGACUCACUGGGCUCCGCGUCCUAGAGCCCACAGGCGCCUCCCCACGCGCGCGUCCGGCGGGCCGGGCCGCCCGCAGGGACCGAAGCACCAAAGAUGCCGCGCUUGACCCAAGCUGGGCUCCGGGCAGCGCCAUGCGGGGCCCGCCGACGGCACCCGGCCAUGUGCCAGCUCUCCCUGCGUGACUGAGCCACAGGCAUUGCCUGGAGCGAGCGCCCGGACCCGCUGCGGGGUACUGCAUCUCGGGGCAGAGCGAGGCAGGCUUGGGUAAAGGCCCUGCUGCACCUCGCCCAGCCCCAGGGCGGCUGGAUAGGGGGCAUGGGGUGGGGGUGGCAGCAGGGAGCCAGGGGACAGGGCCACCCGCUAGACGGAACAAAGCCCAGCCCUGCAGGAGCCACCCGGCUGCACCCUGCUUUCCACCUCACACAGUAACUGUCUCACCCCCGUGAGGGGCAAGGUACAGAGGGUCUCUAAGCACAGGGGUCUUCGAAGCCCAAACAGGCUCUCUGAGCAGGCCUUCCUGCUGACCAGUUCUGCCUCGGUUUCCCCAUCUGUUUUGAGCAGGUGACUAUGUUAACUCUCAGGACUCUUUGGAGAAGUCUCCUGGUCCGUGUGCACUGGCUCCUGAAUGGACAGGGUGUGAGAGCACCUAGGGCCCUCUGUGGGCCCUUGCCGGGGGGCCAGUCUUCAGUGUGUGGCCUCUUGUGGCCCCUGCACCCGAGGCCUCCCACUCUCAGUGCCCCUGGACCCCCAGGAACACACCCCAGCUAAAGCACAGCACUUUUGAGCCACCACCCACCUGUGACCACUGUUAGUGUCCGCACCCUCAACACUCUGCCAUCCCUGCCUCCCCUCCACGUCAGCCUGUGACUACUCCCAUCAUGAAGGCCGUGGGUCCGUGAUGGGAAAGAACUGAAGCAAAGGGAGGGCGGGCUUUCUUAUCCUGAUGUCCCAGGGAAGGAGUCCUGGCUCCGAGUCCUCCCGGGUUCUGGGCCCGAUCCCUGGUGAGGGUCCUCCCCUACCCUGCGGACAGGGCUCUUUGCUUUGCCAUGGGUCUUGAGGAAGGGCCUCUGCUGGGUCUUCUGUGUAGAAAGACCCUAGGCUCCGGCUAAGGAGAAGCCCAGGAACAGCUGUGACCUUGAGCUGAAGACAAGGGCAAAUGCAGAGGCUGCCUCAUCCUGGCCCCUGCCUCUCCACAAAGGCCCCUACACAGCAAACCCCUAGCAGAUUCAGGGCCUGCGUGGAGCCGGCUGGCACUGUGUUCCCUCCUGCUGUGUAGCCUGGGAUUGCAACAAGGCCCCGGACCCUCCGGUGGUCAAGCCUGUUUCCUCACUGGCCCCCCCACAAGGUCUUAGCCCUGGGAGGGGCGAGCAUAGGGGACUACUCAGCUCCAUCUCAGCUUCAGAGCCCCCCCCCCCAGUCCUAAGCUGUGGGGUACCUGGGGAGGGAGGAGCCCUCCACUGGUGAGCAGGGUAGGAAACUGCACUAGAGCCCCAGCCACGAGAGGGGCCGCCUCUGGCCAAUGUUGCUGUGCCUUCAAGGACCAAGAGGAGUGGGGGCAGAGAUGGACAGCUCGCCGCUGUCAGCCCCCGGCCCCGCCCCCUGCUCAGGCCGGCCCAAGGUCACAUCGGGUUUUUACUCUGUGUAUUUCAUAUCCAAUGGCAAUACUUGCAGGGAGACAUGAUACCCCCAAAUCCCUCCAGUUCUGGUUUUUACAAAAAUAAAGAGGGAGGACCCCAAACGGAGGACCCUGGGUCUCCCCCCCUCACAUUUUGUGCAGCCUCCGGGCCUAUUUGCUGCGUUGAUAAGCAGCUUGGCCCCAGGCUCAUAGGGGAGGGAGCUGUGUCUUCAGACCACAGCCCACCCAGAGCCAGGAAUCCGUUUGUAGUUUUUUUUGACAACUGAGCAUUUCUCUUCUGUACAGAAUACAAUAAAAACUUCCUAUGAUUUGCA